AUAUUUCGACCUAUCUUUGAUUCUGAGCAAUUUUUCAAAAAUUAAACUCACCGUUUCAAUGACGCUUCCAAGAAAUACUUUCACCAUAGCAAAAUAGAAAUCAAAAUCAACAAAGAGCAUGGCGGGUGGAUCAACGACUCGGGUUAAACAUGAUGCUUCGUCUCUCAAAAUUUUCAGAAAUCCGAAAAUCGCAUUCGCUUUUGGUUUAAUAUUGGCGGAUGCACUUCUCGUUGCUCUUAUUAUCAAAUAUGUCCCAUAUACCAAGAUUGACUGGGACGCUUACAUGGCACAGGUAAGUGGGUUUCUCGGAGGAGAAAGGGAUUAUAAAAAUUUGAAAGGGGACACAGGGCCUCUGGUAUAUCCAGCUGGCUUUCUAUAUCUUUAUUCUGCUAUUCAGUAUAUUACUGGAGGGAAAGUCUAUUCAGCUCAGAUUCUUUUUGGCGUUUUAUAUUUUAUAAAUCUGGCAAUUAUCUUAUUCAUAUACGUGAAGACCAAUGUGCUACCGUGGUGGGCGCUUAGCUUGCUUUGUCUUUCCAAAAGAGUACACUCAAUCUUUGUGCUUCGUCUUUUUAACGACUGUUUUGCCAUGACACUCCUCCAUGCUGCAAUAGCCUUACUUCUUUAUCAGAGAUGGAAUUUGGGCUUGAUUGUUUUCAGCACAGCUGUCUCAAUAAAAAUGAAUGUGCUCCUCUAUGCUCCACCUCUAUUACUGCUCUUGUUAAAGGCUAUGAGUAUUGGUGGUGUGAUAUCAGCUUUAGCUGGUGCAGCACUCAUGCAGAUUCUUUUGGGGCUUCCUUUUAUAGCCUCACAUCCAAUUGCAUAUAUAUCAAGAUCCUUCAAUCUUGGGCGUGUUUUCAUCCACUUCUGGUCUGUUAACUUCAAGUUCAUUCCAGAACCACUUUUUGUGUCAAAGGGAUUUGCAGUUUCUUUGCUGAUCGCACAUCUUGUGUUACUUGUAGCUUUUGCUCAUUAUAGAUGGUGCAAGACUGAAGGAGGACUUUUCAAUUUUUUGCACUCCAAAUAUGUCUCUCUAAAGCUGAAAUUUGCUCUUUCAAGUUCUAGCAGUUCAUCAUUUAGGAUCCUGAAGAAAGAAUAUAUUGUAACGACUAUGUUUGUUGGGAACUUUAUUGGCAUAGUGUGCGCUCGCUCAUUGCAUUAUCAGUUUUACUCGUGGUAUUUCUACAGCUUGCCUUACCUGUUGUGGAAAACAUCUUUUCAUACAUUGCUUCGUUUGAUAUUGUUUAUAGGAGUGGAAUUGUGCUGGAAUGUCUAUCCUUCAAACAUUUAUUCAUCUUUUCUUCUUCUGUGUCUACACUUAAUUAUACUGUGGGGAUUAUGGUCAGCUCCUCCCGAAUAUCCUUAUGUAGAGGAUAAGCCUUCAAGUAGAAAGAACAAAUGAACUUGCAAGGGUUGAUAUUCUUCUCCCUACUGUGAACGAAUCAUACAAAAUAGUUAUUGAAGGAUAACAGACAAAUGUUAUUAACUUUUCUCAUUUUUGUUACGUUGUAUUUUUUAGAUAUUAUUGUUACACACGAGUAACUAGUUAAAGGCU